GAUGUUGGACCUUUCUAUGUAUGUAGAGAGGAUAGGGCAACCGAGACCCAAAUGGGACGAAUGGUCCGGAGACACCCGGUGGCCGGUAGCUUCCGGCCCGCCCCGAUGCCUCAGGGACCAGGCUGGGCGCAGCCUUGUUGCCUCAGGCUGACCGACUCUCCAGUCAGGUGAUGCCGCAGGGGAUGUACACAGGUCUAGCCCGUAUCUUUCGGGCGAUGGUGCGCUAUCCACAUCUGGUUGGUGGCGAAGGUCGAUUCUGCACCGUGCUCAUGGAAACAUUCACUGGAGCUCUGAUUGGCAAGGUUGGGGCAGAUGGUUGCUACGGACUUGGUAUCCGCGCCUCGGAUGAGACCCGGCGACUUGGAGCCGACGGGGCGAUCGGCAUCGCGGUGAAACUCGAGGAGGGAAAUCUGAAUAUCCUCUCCGCUGCGGUUGUCGAGAUUCUUGCUCAGCUUCAGCUCGGCACAUCCGAGCAACUGCAGCCCCUGGCCGCGUUCCAUCGGCCGCAAAUCCGCAACACGGCCGGUGAUGUUACGGGAGAAACCUCGCAUCAGUUUCGACUAUCAUCGUUAUAGCAGCUGCCGCUUAUGAGCUUGUCUGUCACCCUUUCUG